CAGCGGCGGUUUCAGGUUCCGCACAGUGGGGUAGCGACUGUUGCUGAAUGCGAACGGCUGCCAUUUUGAUCUAAAAUAACUAGGAUCUGUAUUUCUUUGGUGCAAUAAUAAAUGGUUUAAGUUUAGCAGAAAAAUAGCCUUUCGCUUUGAGUUUUGAGGCAAAAUGCUUUCCGCAGCCCAGUUACUCGAUGAGUUGAUGGGUCGAGACAGAAACUUGGCCCCCGACGAGAAACGAUGCAAUGUACGCUGGGACCACGAGACCACCUGUAAAUACUAUCUCUGCGGAUUCUGCCCUGCAGAAUUAUUCACAAAUACCAGGUCUGACUUGGGUCCCUGUGAAAAAAUCCAUGAUGAAAACCUUAGGAAAAUGUAUGAGAAGAGCUCCCGGUUCAUGAAGGAGGGCUAUGAGAGGGACUUCCUGCGCUACCUGCAGUCUCUCCUGGCCGAGGUGGAGAGGAGGAUCCGUAGGGGCCACGCCCGUCUGGCUCUGUCACAGGCCCAGCAGGCCGCAGGACAGGGGCCUGGUGGUCCUGUGGGGAAGAACGAGGAGAAAGCUACAGUCCUGACAGAGAAGAUUGAGGACCUAGUCAUGCAGAUCGAGGAGUUGGGCUCUGAGGGCAGAGUGGAGGAGGCCCAGGGGAUGAUGAAACUGGUGGAACAGUUAAAGGACGAGAGAGAGCUGCUCAGCUCCACCCCCUCGACGAUUGAGACCUUUGCGGCCCAGGAGAAACAGAUGGAGGUGUGUGAGGUGUGCGGGGCGUUCCUCAUUGUGGGAGACGCCCAGUCCCGGGUGGACGACCACCUGAUGGGCAAGCAGCACAUGGGCUACGCCAAGAUCAAGUCCACCGUGGAGGAGCUCAAGAAAUUACAUCGGCGAUCCGAAGACCCAGCGGGAGAAGAAAAGGGAGAGCUAGAAAGCAAGGACUGGGAGCGUGAGAGGGAGGAGAGGGAGUCUAAGCGCAAGUUGGAGGAGGAGGAGAAAGAAAAGGAGAAGGAGAAAGAGCGCGAGAAGGAGAAGGAGAAAGAGAGGGAGCGAGUGAAGGAGCGGGAGCGAGAGAGGGAGAAGAGAGGGAGGAGGAGCCACUCGAACAGCCGCCACUCCAGCCGAGCGUCGGACCGUAAGAGGAGUCGGUCCCGGGAACGCCGGCGGUCCAGGAGCAAGGAGAAGGAGCGCAAACGCAGCAGGAGCCGGGACAGGGACCGGGAGAGGCGGCGCAGCCGGGAGCGUUCGGACAGGAAACGGCACUCCCGCAGCCGGGAGAGGAAGAGGUCCCGCAGCUCGGAGCGCAAGUCUCACCGCCACCGGAGCCGCAGCCGGGAAAAGGACAGGACGUCCAGAGACAAAGAGCGUAAGGAGCCGGAGGAGAGGAGGAGCAGCUCCAAGAAGGACGAGGUCUUAGAUGAUGACAAGCCUUCCUCUGACGUGGCCAAGGCUGAGCCCAUGGAGGCUGAGGCUCCUGCUCCUGCCUCCACUCUGGGUCUGGCCCUUCUGGCCAGGGUCAACGGGGCUGCGCAACACGACCUCCAUUCUGAAGGUGACACUCAGUCCAAUUAAAACUGAUCUGAUAGGACCUCAGAUCAGGCUCAGGGGACGCUGGGAAAUCUGGAGGAGGAAGAUCUGAAGACCACCUGUCGCUCCACUGAACCUGUCUCUGCGCUGCUUAAAACAAGGUGAACCACAGAUGUAGUGGCUUAUUAAAAAAACAGUGACAUCUAAAUCACAACAAAAGACAAACGUGUGUAAAGUUUCCCUCUGUUGUACUCUUAUUUUUUUGGGAAGAUCACAGUUUUAGCGCAGGACCAGACAGUCUUCAUUCAGUUUGUUGUAUUUCUUUCAUUCAUCAUUUCUGAUAUAAAGGACCUUGUCUAGUAGCUGCUGAGGUAGAAUGGUAAAUUAAGGCUUUUAUCUAUACAUGUUAUCUUCUGUUUCUCUUGCAGUUUUUGUGACAAAUAAAAACCGUGCUUGUUUUGGUUUAAUGUCAGGUUUCCACUCUCAGUUUUACUUUUUUGGGAAAAUCAGUUGGAAAAUCGGUUCGAGAAGUGUUUGUACAAUGUUAGUCAAGGGCGUCUCUCUCUCCUCUCUUUUUCUCUCGUCUCUCUCUCCUUCCUACCCACCAGAUCUCACACCCACUGACUGAUCUCUAUCCCCUUACUGUAAAAUAUAGUGAGAUUUAAUUGAGCCUUUGUUUUUGUUUUGUUCUGAUUUUAAAACCUGUAUUCAUCUUGAUCAAUAAAAAGAAAGCUUGAACGAUG